AUUUUUUGUAUUUGGAAUCUUCCUUGCGAAUACAAAGUAACGAGUAUCUGCGAUCUACUACUACUUUAGAGUGUGGGUGCAGUGAAAAACCAGUAGGGAUGGAGUCAUGUACCCGUUUGAGAACCCUAAAUUUCUUAUCUCCUCUCCACCAUUUUCGUUCCGGGGUUUCUCUCAUUCGCCCAUUUUUAUUCCCAGAACUUAAAAACAGACCUUCCCCCUCAAUUUCUUCUUCGGCUGCUCCUCAUAACUUACACUGCAUCUCUAAAAAGGGUGAAGUAAAUUCAUUGCCCCGUGGAGCUGGUGAAGCGUUUACUGAAGUCACCCUAUACAGACUUCUUCAAGUAGUUUUAGUUUCUCCACAGAUUCCUGGAAACACAGGAUGCAUAGCCAGAACAUGUGCAGCAUCUGCUGUUGGAUUGCAUCUAGUUGAGCCACUAGGCUAUGAGAUCGAUGAUGCAAAACUAAAGCGCGCAGGAUUGGAUUACUGGCCAUAUGUGGUUGUUAAGAUUCAUACCUCGUGGGCAGAAUUCAGAAAUUAUUACAGGCAACAGGAGGGUGCAAAGCGGUUGCUGGCAUUUACGAAGAGAGGAUCAUGGACUCAUUCUGAUUUCGCAUAUAGACGAGGUGAUUGGCUUGUAUUUGGAUCAGAAACAUCUGGGCUGCCACCGGAAGCUUUGUUUGAUUGCCAGAAUGAAAUUUUAGGUGGCGGAACAAUCAGAAUACCUAUGAUUGAUACUUACGUAAGAUGUUUGAACUCUUCUGUAAGCGCCGGCAUUGCUGUAUAUGAAGCUUCUCGACAACUAAACUAUGAGCAGCUUGAAAUCCCAGCUGAGACAUGUAUUGAUGAUACCAAAGAAUCAUUUAUCACAGAAGAUAUUUUUGCCUGAUUUAGAGAAUUAGAGCUUAUGUAUGGCUGCAUUUCUUUUUUUCUCGAUGCUAAGGGUAGUAGAUGUUUUUUCACUCAAAUUGAAAUCAACGCAAGUUUAACACACUA